AGCAUUUUGUCAUUGCUGUGGAAGUUUGUUGCCUUUUAACCAAGAUGUCCACAGUGUUUACCAAACACCAGCAUUGGGUGGCCCAGUGAGAUGUGAACUAACCACAGGGGGCGAAAAAGAAAGAAAGCCUGCUGCUGAGUGCUGUGACUUAUGUCACACAGCAUGUAGAUAAGAAAUUAGAGAAGUCAGAACUUGGUUGUGAAAUGAGCAUUCUGUUAAAUCUCCGCUUGCAAGUAGGAACAAAGCCACCCUCUGCUACCAUCUAAGCCUGCACCAUGUUUCCCCUGGAACGAAUUCUGUUGGUGGUGUUUACAGUGUCUUCCCCUACAUGCUUGUUGACAUCAGUUGCUGGGACUACAAUACAGGGAAAAGUGGGCCAGAACAUCACUUUACCCUGUCAUUAUUCUACUGUGGAAAAUGGGAUCAGAACCAUAUGCUGGGGGCGAGGAAGUUGCCCUCUAUCUUGGUGUUCCAGUCAAAUUUUCCAGACCAACGAAGGGAAAUCAAUAUAUAAGAAGGAUAGCAAGUAUUAUCUACUGGGAGAUGUUCAUCAAGGAGAUGUGUCUCUGACAAUUGUGAACGGAACAGAAGAAGAUUCGGGAACAUACUGUUGUCGUGUGGACAUACGUGGCUUGUUCAACGAUCUGAAACAUAACAUUGAAGUUGUGAUUGAGAAAGGGAACUGGAGUCCAACUACAGCUAGAGUACCAGCUACUAUACACUUCACUGAAACUUACUUUGCUUUGGAACCAAGAUGGAUGUCCAGCACACAAUCCCCACAGGAUAAUAUUUCUUUACAUUUUACCACACUAAGAGAGAAAAGAAAAGAAGAACCUUCAAGGACAGUCCUAUAUGUUGGCACUGGAACAUGUGCAGUAGUAUUAUUGCUCAUUGUGACAAUGCUGGCACUUAAGUGGUAUUUACACAAGAAGCAGAAGAUGAGUAAUUCUAUAAGUCAGGUGGCAAUCUCAAGCUCAGCCACUGGAGGAAUUCGACAUGUUAUGGAGACUGGUGUCCGUGCGCCAGAAAAUAUUUAUGAGAUGGAUUUAAACAUGUCACACAUACUACUUCAAUGGAUCAUGAUUCAUAUUUGUAUAGUGGAUACCAUAUCUCAAACAGUAGUAAGAGGGGUGGUGGGCCAAGCCAUCAAACUGCCAUGCACCUAUCCUGUCCGAAACAGCUAUGACCUUACUGAUAUGUGCUGGGGCCGAGGCAGCUGCCCGAAUUCUAAAUGCAGCAACGAAAUUCUCCGCACGGAUGGAAGGCGGGUGAUAUCAAGAAACUCACAUAGGUACCAGUUAAGGGGAUCUGUGACAUGGGGAGAUGUGUCCCUGACAAUUACAGGUCUAAAUGAAAGAGAUAAAGGAUUGUACUGCUGUCGUAUUGAAAUCCCAGGCUGGUUCAAUGACAUUAAAAUAACCUUGAAUCUACAGGUUAAUAGAGCAACAACUACAGUCUCUACCACAACGACCACAGUCUCCACCACAACUAUUGCCACCACACCUCAUCUGAUUAUCACCACAAGUACUCCUUCUCCCUUAAUAACCACAGUUACUUUCCCACAAGCCUCUCCUUUUAUUUCAAAUAGCCCUGCUUCCCCCACUGCAGCCCCCACUGAUGCUCAUAUUCCAACAAUGACCACAUCUUUUGUGACAACAGACAUGGCUUUUCUUACAACUGUUUCUCCAUCGGUCAACUUCAAACCACCACCAACCAGUCGCCAGGAUGAGUUGACCGAAAAUGUCUGUUGUUUUUUUUCCACAGUGACUGCCCCUCCAGCUACAGCAACAACUACAGUCUCUACCACAACAACCACAGUCUCCACCACAACUAUUGCCACCACACCUCAUCUGAUUAUCACCACAAGUACUCCUUCUCCCUUAAUAACCACAGUUACUUUCCCACAAGCCUCUCCUUUUAUUUCAAAUAGCCCUGCUUCCCCCACUGCAGCCCCCACUGAUGCUCAUAUUCCAACAAUGACCACAUCUUUUGUGACGACAGACAUGGCUUUUCUUACAACUGUUUCUCCAUCAGUCAACUUCAAACCAUCACCAACCAGUCGCCAGGAUGAGUUGACCGAAAAUGUCUGUUGUUUUUUUACCACAGUGACUGCCCCUCCAGCUACAGAAUCUCCUCAGAGAACUGUCCCUUACUUCUCAGAAGACCAAACCCUUCAGUCCCCCAAAAGUGCUGUGGUUCACCCACAGAUGUCAGAGAACUCCACUGGAAACAGGAAUGGAAGUGAAAAUCCCCAACAUUCACAUGAUAAUCAGAAGUCAGGAAUGGAAAUGACUCCAGCAAAUAACAACCAAAACCAGUUUGGAAUUUCUGAUAUGCUAGUAACAUAUAAGGAAGUGCUGAUUCUUGGUGCUAUUGUGCUUUUGGUUCUCCUCUUGAUUCCAGUAGUACUGCUAAUGAGACGUAAAAAGAUUAGAAAAUACCACAUUGACGAAACCAAAAGGUUAGUGGGAUUUCAAGAAGCUCUGUGA